CACAACCCAGAAGCCCUAUAACUGAGAGUCUUGAAUCAGUUGAGUUUCAGUUUUUGAGUUUCAAAGAGCCGCUAAACCCCAGAGCUUAAGUUUGAGCAACAAUGGCGACAUUUCCAACUGAAAUUAUCGCCGAAAUUCUCUCACGAACACCGGUUAAAUCACUUCUCCGUUUCAAAUGCGUGUGCAAAUCCUGGAAUUCUUUGAUCAAAUGCCCUAAUUUCAUCAAACUCCAUCUCAAUCAAACCCUAAUUUCCAACUCCGAUCGGUAUCUCCUCAAAGCAUCGUUAGACGCCCCUUUCUAUUAUGCCGAGCUCGACCUCCACCCUCACCACCUCUCCUUCACGGAACUUGACCACCCUCACGAAUACGAGGAAAUCGAAUUGUUUGGCACAUGCAACGGCGUCGUUUGCAUCUCCGACUACGAAAAAAUUGAUGUAUUCGUAUACAAUCCUCUUACCAAAUCACAUCGCAAGCUCCCCGCCAAACAAAUUCCGGACCCUGAAAAUGAUGUUGUGUUGUUUGGGUUUGGGUACGACAGCCAAAAUGACGAUUACAAGGUUUUAAGGAUUAUUCAAGGGUACAUUUGCAGAAAGCGUUGCUAUGAUGGAGCUCAAUUGUAUAGUCUGAACAAGAAUUCAUGGAAAUCUGUUCAAGGUAUCCCUAAAUCAUAUUAUCUCCCCUAUGCUGAUGGUCAUGGUGUUCUUGUUAAUGAGGGUUUGCAUUUCAUUGUGAGUUCUGAUGAAUUGGAUUUGCAGCAACGUAAGAGGAUUGCUAAUUUUGAUCUUCGGACUGAGAAGUUCUCGCUCAUAGAGUGCCCCAAACAUGAUGAAAAGUCAAAGACUAAGUGGGAUUAUUUGGAAUUUCAUAUAAGAAAAUUGGGUGGGUGUUUGUCCGUAAUGGUGGUAUAUCUUACCAAACGUUAUGCUCAUGUGCCUCUUGAUGAUGAUGAUCGCCGUAAUCGUGUAUUUGAACGAGCUGAUUUGUGGGUAAUGAGGGAACAUGGAAACCAAGAUUCUUGGGUUAAACAAUUUAGUAUUUCAGAGCUGGUAGCUUAUGGUAGUUCUUUUACUAGUAUUAACCCACUCGUCUACUCCAAAGAUGGGCGACGAGUUUUGAUUGAGAUAGACUGUUUUGAGGUUGGUUGGUAUGAUCCGGAGUCCAAAUUGUACGAGAAACUCACUCCUUUAGGGCUGCCUAAUACGUAUUUUGACACUGGAUGUAUCAUGGGCAGCCUUGUUUCGGUUGAAUACAAGGGGCAUCCAGAAAUCCAAAGUGGAACCUUUCCAAGGAAGAACAAAAAGAAUAAUAAAGGGCCAGAUAAUUUUCUUUCUGUGGGUUUCAAGUUGAAGCUGUAAGCCUAUGAUUGAAGAUGCUACUGCUGGGAGUUCAGAACUAUGUGAUGUCUGGAUAGGCGUGGCAUCUGAUCUGCUCACCCUCCGUAACUUUGCUGAAACUCUGAAAGCUGAAGUACAUGAAAUUGUUCCAGAUGAUAUAUGGAUCAAACAAGAGAUACAAGGAUGUAGGUGACUGGUGAAAAUCUGAAUGUGAAUUUGCAGAAUCUAGAUAUUUCAAACUUCCAACAUAUAAGAAGAGAUUGUUCGCUUAUUGCUUAAACAAAUGUAAACUGGGAGGGGGGUUGUUAACUGUUGGCUUUCUUAUGGCAUUUGCGAAAAACUGAAAAAGUUUAUCCCUUGUAUGAGUUGUAUCUUGAAGUGCAUUUUCUUAAAGCGUAUUUGGUUUUGGAGA